AUGCAUCGUACCAACCAACCCCCUCUAACGACACAGAACUUGAGGUACAUAGUUUUCGAUCUUCAUCCUCCGGAACAGUUCGACAAGUACAUACGAUCGCUGGGUGUUAAUGCCGAAGACCAUGUAGUCAUCUAUGCUAGAGAAGCAUUUGCAGGAAUGCUGUGGGCAUCGCGGGUGUGGUGGACGUUUAAGCUUUACGGUCAUGAAAAAGUUUCGAUUCUCAGUGGUGGAUUGAACGCAUGGAAGGAAGCCGGUAAAUCGGUGACAGAUGUUGUGCCAGAUGUCGAGGUUGGCUGGCUAUUUUUACCGGUUUGAUG